CCUGGUGAGGCACGCUCAGAACAUAGCAGCCACGACACCAUCGUCGACAUGGACAUUACACCGAACGAGAAACCCCCGACUCCCAAGGGAGACACCAAGGGGGAGGAUAAGACAAGCUCGAGCGAUGAGGCGUCCCAAAGCGAGGAGAUGGUCCGCCGACACUCCAUCGUGCGCGAUCUCGCUCGUCAAUACACCAACACAUCGGCUCACUUCCAAGGCAUUCAGGCAGAUCUCUUCAAUGCAGCCGAUCCCGAUUCUCCCUUCAACCCUCAAAGCGAAAAGUUCAACGCUAGAGCUUGGGCCAAGUCUGUGUCCAAGUUUAUGGGCGACAAUGGCUCUGGCUUUCGACAGAGCGGUAUUUGCUUUGAGAACAUGAACGUCUUUGGCUACGGUGCUGAGACAGACUACCAAAAGGAUGUUGGUAACAUCUGGCUGAGUAUUCCAGGCAUGGUGCGAGAAGUCUUUCAACCCACCGCAGGUAAGCGAAGGAUCGAUAUUCUUCGUGGCUUUGACGGUGUUGUCAAUGCCGGAGAAAUGCUCGUUGUUCUCGGCCCCCCUGGCUCAGGAUGUUCUACAUUCCUCAAGUCAUUAUCCGGCGAGACCAACGGUAUCUACAUAGACGACAAGACAUACUUCAACUACAACGGUAUCACCUCCGAGGAGAUGCACAAGUAUCACAAGGGUGAAACCAUCUACACCGCUGAAGUCGAUGUUCACUUCCCUAUGCUUUCGGUCGGCGACACACUCACCUUUGCCGCGCGCGCUCGAUGCCCUCAGAACUUGCCCAAGAAUAUCAACCACAACCAGUACAGCGACCACAUGCGAGAUGUUGUCAUGGCCAUGUACGGCAUCAGCCACACCGUCAACACGCAGGUUGGUGAUAAUUACAUCCGAGGUGUAUCAGGAGGAGAACGAAAGCGCGUAACCAUCGCCGAAGCAACACUCUCAAACGCACCCUUCCAGUGCUGGGAUAACUCAACCCGAGGUUUAGAUUCCGCCAACGCGGUCGAGUUCUGCAAAACCCUCCGUUUACAAUCCGAGCUGUUCGGUCAGACAUGCGCUGUCUCUAUCUAUCAAGCUCCCCAGUCAGCGUACGAUCUGUUUGACAAGGCCCUCGUUAUUUACGAAGGACGCCAGAUCUUCUUCGGACGCGCCGACGAGGCGAAGCAGUACUUUAUCAAUCUCGGCUUCAAGUGUCCCGAUCGUCAAACCACGCCCGACUUCCUUACUUCCAUGACUGCACCAGCCGAGCGCGUCGUGCGUCCUGGCUUCGAGGGCAAGGUCCCGCGCACACCCGAUGAGUUCGCCGCGUGCUGGAAGGAAUCCCGCGAGUAUCAGCUCGUCCGCUCCGAGAUCGACACCUACAAGAAUCUCUAUCCGCUCAACGGUCCCGCCGCCGAGGCGUUCCGCGAGAACAAAAAGUCCGCCCAGGCAAAGGGCCAGCGUCCCAAGUCCCCCUUCACCCUGUCGUACAUGCAGCAAGUCCAACUCUGCCUCUGGCGAGGCUGGAAGCGUCUCGUCGGUUCACCGGGUGUUACAAUCUUUGCGCUUAUAGCAAAUACGUGCACAGCAUUUAUCGCUUCUUCUCUCUUCUACAACAUGCAGCCCACAACGGAUGACUUCUUCAAACGCGGUGCUGUUCUCUUCCUCGCCGUCUUGUCCAACGCCUUCUCAUCUGCUCUCGAGAUUCUGACUCAGUAUGCUCAACGUCCUAUUGUUGAGAAACAUGCGCGCUACGCUUUUUACCAUGCUUCUGCCGAGGCCUUUGCUUCUGUUCUGGUUGAUAUGCCGUACAAGAUCAGUAAUAGUAUUAUAUUCAACCUCAUUCUUUACUUCAUGACGAAUCUUAACAGGGAGGCGGGUGCAUUCUUUUUCUACCUCCUUGUUUCAUUCAUCAUGGUCCUCGCCAUGUCUGGUAUUUUCCGAUCUAUCAUCACUAACAUGCAUCUCAGUGCUUCACUCUCUCGCACCCUCUCACAGGCCAUGGUUCCCGCUUCGCUCCUGAUUCUUGCCCUCGUCAUUUUCGCCGGCUUCGUCAUUCCAACCGACUACAUGCUCGGAUGGUGUCGAUGGAUCAAUUAUCUCGAUCCAGUCGCUUACGCCUUCGAGUCCCUCAUGGUCAACGAGUUCUCCGGCCGCAACUUCACCUGCACGGCCUUCGUCCCUAGCAACUCUGUCGCCGGAUACGAGAAUGCAGGCGGCUUGAACCGAGCUUGUACAACUGUUGGCAGUGUUCCUGGCAGCUCUAUAGUUAGCGGCGAUGCUUUCCUCAACGUAAAGUACAAGUACUUCCACGCUCACAAGUGGCGCAAUGUCGGUAUCAUCAUCGCCAUGACCAUCUUCAACCACAUUGUCUACAUCACCGCUACCGAGUACAUCUCUGCCAAGAAGUCAAAGGGUGAAGUCCUCGUCUUCCGUCGCAGCCACAUGCCCACUUCCACCAAGUCCAAGGCUGACCCCGAGUCUGCUGUCGCUGGCCCUGUUCCCACCGCUGAGAAGUACAACAACGAGAACGCCAACAUUCAGCGCUCCACUAGCGUCUUCCACUGGAACAAUGUGUGCUACGACAUCAAGAUCAAGGGCCAACCACGACGUAUUCUCGACAAUGUUGACGGAUGGGUCAAACCAGGAACUCUCACAGCUCUCAUGGGUGUAUCAGGUGCCGGAAAGACCACUUUGCUCGACUGUCUCGCCGAUCGAAUCUCAAUGGGCGUCAUCACCGGUGAAAUGCUCGUCGAUGGCAAGAUCCGUGACUCAUCAUUCCAGCGAAAAACAGGAUACGUGCAGCAGCAAGAUCUUCACCUCGAGACCAGCACCGUCCGUGAAGCCUUGACUUUCUCUGCUCUUCUUCGCCAGCCUGCCUCCACACCGCGCUCCGAGAAGAUCGCCUACGUUGAUGAAGUCAUCAAGCUGUUGGACAUGCAAGAGUAUGCCGACGCAGUCGUUGGUGUCCUCGGCGAGGGUCUCAACGUUGAACAGCGCAAGCGUCUUACCAUUGGUGUUGAGCUCGCCGCCAAGCCUCCCCUGCUUCUCUUCGUCGACGAACCUACUUCCGGUCUUGACUCACAGACGUCCUGGGCUAUUCUCGAUCUUCUCGAGAAGCUCUCCAAGGCAGGCCAGUCUAUCUUGUGUACCAUCCAUCAACCGUCCGCAAUGCUCUUCCAGCGCUUUGACCGUCUUCUCUUCCUCGCAAAGGGCGGACGCACCAUCUACUUUGGCGACAUUGGCGAGAACUCGGAGACCUUGACCAACUACUUUGUCAAGAACGGCUCUGAUCCUUGCCCCAAGGGUGAAAACCCUGCUGAGUGGAUGCUGGAGGUCAUCGGCGCGGCGCCUGGUUCACAUACUGAGAUUGAUUGGCAUCAAGUUUGGCGUCAGGGUCCCGAGUAUCAGGGUGUUCAGACUGAGCUUCAGCGUCUCAAGGCUGAGGGUGAGGCCCGCAACGAGCCCCACGAUAGCAACUCUGAGGAUUACCGCGAGUUUGCUGCGCCUUUCUGGGAGCAGCUUCGUGUUGCUGGUUAUCGAGUCUUCCAACAGUACUGGCGCACUCCCUCUUACAUCUACUCCAAGGCUGCUCUCGUCAUCCAACUCGGUCUCUUCAUUGGUCUCGUCUUCCUUAACGCUCCGUUGUCCAUUCAGGGCCUGCAGAACCAAAUGUUUGCUAUCUUUCAGGUCCUCACAGUCUUCGGUCAACUCGUUCAAGGACAGAUGCCUCACUUUGUUACCCAACGCUCCCUCUACGAAGUCCGCGAACGCCCCUCCAAGGCAUACAGCUGGAAGGUAUUCAUGCUCUCUCAGAUCGUUGCUGAGAUCCCAUGGAACUCUCUCAUGUCCGUCAUCUUGUUUGUCCUCAUCUACUAUCCCGUUGGAUUCCAGAAGAACGCCGAAUUCGCUGGCCAGACUGCCGAGCGAGGUGGUCUCAUGUGGCUUCUCUUCUGGCAAUUCCUCAUCUUCACAUGUACAUUCGCCAACAUGUGUAUCUCUAUCGUCGAUACCGCCGAAGCCGGAGGUAACAUUGCCAAUGUUCUCUUCAUGAUGUGCCUGCUCUUCUGUGGUGUCUUAGCGUCACCUUCCAACAUGCCCGGCUUCUGGAUCUUUAUGUAUCGAGUGUCUCCGUUCACGUAUCUGGUGUCUGCCAUCUUGUCGACCGGUCUCGCCAACACACACGUCACUUGCGCGGCCAAUGAGUACACCAAGCUCCAACCUCCCAGCGGCGAGGCCUGCCAACAGUAUCUCGGGACGUACAUUGACAAGAUGGGUGGCUACCUCCUCGACCCCAACGCCACUUCGGAAUGUAACUUCUGCCCCAUCAAGGAUACCAACGUUUUCCUCACGUCCCUCAGUUCCAGCUACGACCACCGAUGGAGGGACUUUGGUAUUGGAAUGGUGUACAUUGUCUUCAACAUCUUUGGAGCCUUAUUCCUUUACUGGCUUGUUCGCAUGCCCAAGAACAAGAACAAGGCCAAGAAGUAA